AUGCCUAAACGACCAAAAAUUGUCUCCGUAUACAAUGACGUUGAUAAAGAAAACACUCAGCAUGUUGUCCUCCCAAUUGUUACUCGAGACGAGGCAUCUCAUAGAAGAAAAUUAAGAAAAUUAAUCUUGGAUAAUAAGAAAUCAAAUGUGGGAACUACAUCGUCAUCCCUCAAUAUUGAUUCCACUAAUAUUAAUUCCACUUCCACUCCGUGUGUUACAUCUGAUAACAUAGUCAACAAAAUUGGUUUUCACAAUUUUGAAUCCACUCCUGAGGUGACUAAUAAUGUUAAUUCAAGUCUUUCAAGUAUUGUAACAAGUAACAAUAUUUGUAGUACCAGCAAUCGUACAACGACAAAAAACGAUAUUGGGAAUAAUAUUUCAACUGGCAUCACAUCAACCACCUGCACAUCAUCAUUCAACCGUAAUUUGCAAAGGCUAUCAUCUGGCAAACGUAAGUUGGUAUCCAAAGCACGUAUUUCGUCUCCUAUACCAAUGAUCGACUUGACCACAGAUGAAACCGUAGUACGAGAUCCUUAUAAAGGUGUUUCUACAGAUUAUUUAGAUCACGGUGAUCAAGUUAUUACUUGUGAAGUUUGUUAUGCAAAGUUAUGGGACGCAGAGAAAGGAAGCGGAAGAAAAGAGGGUGGCAAAAUAUGUCAUAUGUUAUGUUGUGGUUAUGCCAAAGUUGUGUUACCGGAUUACAAAACCGCGACACCUUAUUAUAAAAGUCUAUUCAUGUCAAAUGACAAUGAAAGCAAGCACUUUUUGAAGAACAUUCGACGAUACAAUUCUAUGUUCGCGUUUACCUCAAUGGGUGGUAAGGUUGACCAUACCGUGAAUACUGGUAAUGCUCCUUUUUGCUACAGAAUUAGUGGUGAAAAUUACCAUUCUAUUGGUAGUCUUGUGCCACCAAACGGAGUGAAGCCUAAAUUUUGUCAGUUAUACAUAUACGAUACUGAAAAUGAGUUGGCAAACAGGACUUCAGACAAUGCUUCCUCAUCAUCCACUUCAGAUGAAACCGAUAAUAAGCUGAUACAACAAAUCAAAGCAAUGUUUGAUGCCGAAAAUGUGCUUGUGAAAAUUUAUAGGAUGGUUAGAGAUUGCUUCCAACAAAAUCCUUAUACCACUUUAAAGCUUCGCCUUAUUGGCAAAAGAGAACAAGAUGGUCGGACUUAUAACUUACCUACUUCCUCAGAGGUUGCUGCUCUUAUUGUUGGAGAUAUCGAUAACGCACUUGAGAAAAGAGAUAUCGUUGUCGAGACACAAACAGGUUCAUUAAAAAGAAUAAGUGAAUUGCAUCCAUCCUAUCUUGCACUUCAGUAUCCUAUUUUGUUCCCAUAUGGAGACGACGGUUACAGAAUUGACAUACCACAUAGGGGUGUCAUUGAUGUUACUAACAAGAAACGUCCGAAUUGUACAAUGAGAGAGUUUUUUGCGUAUCGUGUACAAGAUCGUAGUAACCAGUUUUCAUUGAUUCUAAAUUCUCGACGCUUAUUCCAACAGUUUUUGGUUGAUGCUUAUACGAUGAUUGAGAGCGAGCGACUUAACUUUAUAAGAUUUCAGCAACAAGAUCUCAGGUCUGAUACAUAUGAGAAUAUCCGGAAACUAAGAUAUAAUGGCCAACAAGAUUUGUCUAAGGUUGGAAAACGUAUUUUCCUUCCAUCUUCCUUUACAGGCGGGUCACGAUAUAUGAUGCAAAACUAUCUUGACGCAAUGGCAAUUUGUAAAUGGUAUGGUUAUCCAGACUUUUUUAUAACCAUUACCUGCAAUCCCAAAUGGCCGGAGGUUCAAAGGUUUCUUAAGGACACAAAUCUUAAUCCGGAGGAUAGGCCUGAUAUUUUAUCUCGAAUUUUUAAAAUAAAGCUGGAUGCCAUUUGUAAAGAUUUGAAAGACCGUGAUUUGUUUGGAAAAGCUUCUGCUGUUGUUUACACUAUUGAGUUUCAGAAGCGAGGAUUGCCUCAUGCACAUAUGUGCUUAUUCAUGGAGAAUGAUUACAAACUUCCAACUGUAGACCAUGUUGAUCAGUUUAUUUCUGCAGAAAUCCCUGAUUUAAACCAAGAUCCGGAACUAUAUACGCUUGUGAAAGACCAUAUGAUUCACGGUCCAUGUGGUAAUGCUAGAAUGAGCUCUCCAUGUAUGGUUGAUAGAAAAUGCUCAAAAGGUUUUCCCAAGAAAUUUCAAGAUCACUCAACCUUGGAUUCUAACGGAUUUCCCUUAUACAGAAGAAGAGAUGAUGGUUCCUUCGUUUUAAAAAAUAAAAUUCAGUUAGACAAUAGAAGUGUUGUACCUUAUAACAAAAAGCUUUUGAAAAGAUAUCAGGCGCCUAUAAACGUUGAAUGGUGCAACCAAGCGGCGUCAAUAAAGUAUUUGUUCAAGUAUAUUAAUAAAGGUCCUGAUAGAGCAACAGUUGCUGUGGUUCCGAGCAACAAUGAAAACGAACAAGCAGAAAAUGAUUAA